AAUGUCUUGUUCGGAGAUGAUCGGUGUUCCGAGGAGAAACCUUCUUUAUGACUUUUGCGAGUCUAUAGAAGAACCUCUUGAUUUGAGAAUUAGACCCUGGAGAUUCUGGGAAGAGAAGGAAAACAUUCCAAUUAAAAUUGAUAUGAGUCCAACUAAAGCUGCUUUGAACUUGAGCUUAUUGGCAAAAAUUGAAAGAAAUAUAGAAGUAAAAGAAAAAAAAGAAAAGCUCUGCGAAUUUUGUGGCAAAGGUUACCAAUCAAUUGGGGCAUUAAAAAUGCAUGUAAAGACGCAUACCCUUCCGUGUAAAUGUCCAGUUUGUAAUAAAGCCUUCUCUCGUCCUUGGUUAUUGCAAGGACAUAUGAGAACCCAUACCGGUGAAAAACCUUUUACGUGUAACCGAUGUUCAAGAGCAUUUGCUGACAGAUCAAAUCUCAGAUCUCAUCUUCAAACUCAUGAAACUGUAAAAAAACAUAGCUGUCAAGUAUGCUCCAAAUCCUUCUCUCGACUAUCCUUAUUAAUAAGGCAUAAAGCAACUUGUAGUUUUUAG